AUGGCCGCCCCGACGCCCUCGUCGCUAUUUUCGCGACUGGCGAACACAUGGAGACACCUGGCGCUCCGCAGCGACAUCGACGAUAUCGUGCUAGAGCUACUCGGCCGCUUUUCCCUCGAGAAGAUCUACGCCUGCCCCAAUGACCGGGACACCUACCAGCACCUCGUCAUCACCCUCCUGUCUCAGCUCAAAGUCGUUUUCGACUUGCAACGAUUGACCAUCCCCGCUGAGAACGCCCCCGUCGGCUGGUACCUUGGCUUCCUUGUCAGCUGGGAGGUUGCCGUGCGCUGUGUCGAGUCCGUCCUCCAUGUUAUGACUGAGGGUCGGGAGAGCCUUUGGGAGCACCAGAAACUGCGCGACAAGUACCUGGCAGAGUUUCUCCUCUCGGCCCUUCGAGUCCUCACGCUCCAUCCCAAGGCUCCCGCCAACCAGCGCGCAAAGGACCGCCGCGACCGCUUCACGCGCAUCCACGGAUUACUAGAGCAGGUCUUUGACAGCUACCCGGGACCCAAGUCGUUCCUGCUUGAGGUGUGCAAGGAGGUGACUUACCAGCUACACACCGAUCCUGACGUCCUCGGCCUGCCUCCGAAACUGAGGACCGAGCUGCCAAACUUGACGACAGAACUGUACCCCCUUGCUCCCUGCCUGCAGCCCGAUUCCAUAUCCGAGCUUGCGCCCUUCGGCGGUUUUGCCAACUGGUUGACCCAGUUCCUUGCGCUCCGAGAUGUGUCGCAGUUUGUCGUCGCCGCGUCUAUCCAGUAUUCGGCCAACAGAGAGACCCGUGAUGUUCGGCUUCAAGCCUCCUCCGCCCGAGCCCGUAAUGCUGUUCUGACGUCUCUCGAUAACCUGCGUAUACCUUCCCACCUGUCCAAGCUGGACAUGGUGGCCGUCUUCAGCACCACGUUCCGCAUCAUGCUCCCAGAUACCCUUGAUCUCUCGCGGCACGACCCAAGUGGCCCUCGCGUUGAUGAGUCUGAACUAGAUGCUCUAGACGCUCUCUGUACGAGACUCAGAGAGCGCCAAGUUAUCCAUCGGAUCAGUGACCGGGAGUUGGUGCACAACGUCUCCCAGGUCAUCAGGAACAUCAUUCUUCAGGAUGACCCUGGCCCCCGUUUUACUCCCUCGCAGCCCGGGUUGUAUGCAGUGAACUGCCCCAAAUGCCAUUUGAUGGGAGCCUCGCAGCUGAGGUCCUCGGGCAUCAAGCUUCCGGCCCACCCCGAAGCCGAGCCCGAGCAUCGUCUUCCACCACAGUCGAAGUGCCUAUAUUGUGAGGAGGUCAUCACCCUUGCCCGUGAAGUUCCAAUCGCAAGGCAGACCUGGGAAUUGUUGGGGCCGCUUCAGCCGGACGCUGACACGAUCAAUGUGGAACGGCAUCUUCCGACACAGUUCCAAUUGGGUCCCCCAAAACCAGAGAGCACUGGGUUGCUUCCUCCUGGCUAUAGCAGUAUGCCCGGCGUUGGCGCUGAGCGUCCGCGUGAGCCUGAUGUAUUUCCUUCCUCCCAUCCCGGACAAUCAUCUUUCGCAGGCCAGACAUUUCUAGAUCUGCCCGGCCCCGCUUUCCCGAGCCCCUUAUCCCCAAAAUCCCCUGGCUAUUACCAGCCCCCGCCUACUCUUCGGGCUGAGCAGUCUCGGAGCAAUUUGCAGUUCGACUCAAAGAGAAAGCCCACCGAGGAAUCGGAGUCGACUUUAACCUUCGCUCCUUCAGAUCCCGCAUUUCUUACUGAGCCGCCGCCAUUCUCACAAGACACUCCUGGCUUCCGCAGACAGGUAACGCCACAGGAACCUCAUCUAAUCCACACUCCUCGAACCAUUCCAAUGGUCACAGCACCCGAAAAAGGCAAAUCCAAAUGGAGGCUGUUUACAACCUCAAAGAAAACUACCGCACCGCCUGCCGCGGACUCGAGCUCGCUAUCCUCGACCACGUUGGAGGCCCAGAAGCUCGAGGAGGUGUCGCUCUCGGGGCUCCUCGGUACACAGAAAGGACACUCGAGAGGAAAGUCCUCCAAGAUUAUAAACGUCCACCUUUCUCAGAGUUCGACAUUCGCUCUGUUCUGGACCCAGCUUCUGAUUCACGUAUGGGAUGUGGGGACGUCACCUCCCACCAUGGUACGAGCCAUCUUACCGGAGAGCACGUGCAUCCUCGCAGCCGUCGCCAGGACCCAUCUGGCUUACAUUAUCGGAACCAGAGACCAAAAGCUUACGCUGCGAGUUUUGAAUCUGAUGCAGCCAUCUGCGUCUCCGGUUGAGUACCGUAUAUCAUCCUCCCUGUGGUGCAAGAGCAUUGCGAUUGAUAGGGAGGAGAAUUACGUGGUGGUUGGCUUUGAGAAUGCUACAGUCCGCUUCUUCAGCGCGAGGAGCAUCGAGCAACCGCGAGAAGAUAGGCUCCAUGCCCCUUACCACCAAGAGUGCAAAGCAUGCCCUUCCGUUGACACGUUGGCCUUUUCUAAUGACGGGCUGGCCCUGCUUGCCAGCACUAGAAGUCCCAAGACAGGUCUCAUACAGAUAUACUCUUGGCGCUUCCCGUUUCAUACUUUCCAGGAGCUUGCCUCGUGCCGGUACGCCGUUCCGCUUCACGAGUCUGAGGAUAACGGCGUGUCGUCUGCGAUAUUCCGACCGGGUGUCAACGGCGAGGAGAACCUCGUUUGCAUAACCACGUGGACGCAGUCAGGCACGCCCAUGUUGAUCCAGCCGCAGGACGGACACAGAAGUGAGGUGAGGACAGAUGUCGCCAGCAAGCAGAGCAAACUCGGCAGUCGAAUACAGUGUGCUGCCUUUUCGCCCUCGGGGAGGGAACUGGUCAUGGUGAAUGACAAGGGCCACGUCUUCCAAGUGUCGAAUCUCAACUCGAGCCCCAUGGACGUGCGCAGGAUCGCGUCGUCUAAGGAGCUGACGGCAAAGUCGGACUCGUUUGCCAUGGCGUUUAUGAGCCUGUCUGAUGAAGAGCAUGUCGUGCUUGCGUGGGCUGACUCGGCAAGGGCGACCGGUUGGGUCAAGAAGAUUCCAAUUACCUCCAGGAGCUACUUUGGCGCGCUCCACAGCCCUGGAUUACUCUAUGAAACGUUGUCUUUCGCCGACGGAGGAGAGACUGUGGAGGUGCAGAAGCCGUUAGCUGAGUUGGCUGCAACGGAAAGAGCGAUGACAAUGCCAAUCAUUGGCGGCAAUGAAGACUCAAAAAAGCCACCUGAGCCAUCAAAGGGAUAG